AUGGAGCUCCUCAAGCUACUGAUCUCCGGAGUCCUGAAAGCGGAGACCACGAUCGAAUUCGAUCGACUUCUUGCACCUCCAAUUGUGUUUGCAGCCUCAUUGUGGAUCUACGAAAUCGUGACCGAGAUCGUCAAGGCCUACCCGAACGUCAUUUGGCUAGCUGAUCCAAAUGGCAUGUACAUUUCACCUUGCGGUGAUCAAUAG